UUCAGUUGUCGGCGCUGGCGGGGCUUUGCCUGCUUGACCCGGAGCCAUGUCCAGGUACCUGAAGCACUUCACGGUGGUGGGGGACGACCCGGUGCAGUGGAACAAUGACUACCACAAAUGGGAGGAGGAGGAGGAGGCCACCGGCGAGGAGAACGGCGAGAAGCAGCCGGGGUCGGAGCUCAAACUGGAGUCCUCCCGGAGCCGCGUCUCCUUCCAGGAUGUGCUGAAAAAGCUCUUCAGCUCCCACAGGUUCCAGAUCCUGGUUGUCUGCUUGGUCAUUGUGGAUGCCUUGUUGGUGCUUGGGGAACUGCUUAUGGACUUGAAAAUCAUCCAUCCAGACAAGUAUAACAUAGCCCCGAAGGUCUUGCACUACCUCUCCCUUUCCAUUUUAACCAUCUUCCUGGUUGAGGUGGGGUUUAAAGUCUUCGUCUACCGCCGGGAGUUCUUCCACCACAAGUUCGAGGUGCUGGACGGAGCCGUCGUCAUCGUGUCGUUCGUGCUCGAUGUGGUCCUCCUCUUCCGGGAGCAUGAGUUCGAAGCCAUCGGGCUCCUGAUCCUCCUGCGACUGUGGCGCGUGGCCAGGAUAAUCAAUGGAAUAAUUUUAUCAGUAAAGACCCGCUCUGAACAGCAAGUGUCCAAGCUAAAACAAGCAAACUUGCAACUUGCAACAAAGGUUGAACAACUUGAAUACAGCUGCACAGAGAAGGAGCAAGAAAUCGAGAGGCUUAACAGGCUGUUAAAACAGCAUGGACUCAUCAGCGAGCAGAAAUAGGAGCCCAGUUUUUUUGAAGGUGGGGAAGUCCGCCAUGGAGAGAGCGUGGUGUUGAAAUGUACCCGUUUGACCUGAAAGGUUUUCAUAUCUCUUUGCUUUCUCUUGUAUAGUGUUGUCUGUAAAUGUUUUCUAUCUGACCACACUUUGAUUAGAUCUUGGGAUUGCAAACAUAGUUUUACUGGAAAAUUAAACACAUAUUCCCUGUAAACAGUGAUUUCAUAAGACCUUUCUUGUACAGUUGUACAGUCAAAGCUGCAAAAUAAUUUAAUAAAGACAUAUCUUAUAAGCUAUACAUCCAGAAAGUACCACUUAUUUGAAAGAAUUACAUUUUUCUGCCAUAUGUUCUUUGUUAGCAACAUCUGGUAGGAACUUGCAGCACAAAUGAUAAGAAUCCAGGCCAAAAAGGUCAUUUCUUCUCUGCAAGCUGACCAUUCAUCAUUGCUACAUAUUUUCUUUGCCAACCAUUCUUUUCGCGUUGUUAGUAGUUUCCUCAUUUCUGUUGCUGCUUGUGUCACCUCGUUAUUUAUAUAACGUUCAUUUCCAAAAAUACCAACAUACCACAUACCACUCCUUUAGUUGACAACCAGAUCAGCAUCAAAAGAGAAGCAAAUGAGCGCUAUCUUAUGUCAGACAAUGCCUAUGUCCUCAACAGCAGAUUUGAAUUCUGAGACUAUAUUCUCUCAUCUCUUCUUCCAUUUAAGUGUUCAUUUGCAGCCUGCUGCACUAUAAAGUUCUCUCUGCUUCCACAGCUCAUAAAU